UCCUCUUCACUUGCACUCAUCUAGAGAGAGAAACACAAAUCCAAAUUCAAAUCUCAGAUCCAUUUUCUCGCUCCUCUCUCUCUUUCCACCAAUGGCUCUCCUAGUAGAGAAGACCACCUCCGGCCGCGAGUACAAGGUCAAGGACAUGUCCCAGGCCGAUUUCGGCCGCCUCGAGCUCGAGCUCGCCGAGGUCGAGAUGCCCGGACUCAUGUCCUGCCGCACCGAGUUCGGCCCCUCCCAGCCGUUCAAGGGCGCAAGGAUCACCGGCAGUCUCCACAUGACCAUCCAGACCGCCGUCCUCAUCGAAACCCUAACCGCCCUCGGCGCCGAGGUCCGUUGGUGCUCCUGCAACAUCUUCUCCACCCAGGACCACGCCGCCGCCGCCAUCGCCCGCGACAGCGCCGCCGUGUUCGCCUGGAAGGGGGAGACCCUUCAGGAGUACUGGUGGUGCACGGAGCGCGCCCUUGACUGGGGCCCCGGCGGCGGCCCCGAUCUGAUCGUGGACGACGGCGGCGACGCCACUCUGCUGAUCCACGAGGGCGUGAAGGCGGAGGAGGAGUUCGAGAAGAACGGGACCGUACCCGACCCGAAUUCGACCGACAAUGCCGAGUUCCAGAUCGUUCUCACCAUUAUCAGGGACGGGCUGAAGACCGAUCCCAAGAGGUACACGAAGAUGAAGGAGAGAUUGGUUGGUGUUUCCGAGGAGACGACCACCGGCGUGAAGAGGCUGUACCAGAUGCAGGCCAAUGGCACUCUCCUCUUCCCUGCUAUUAACGUCAAUGAUUCCGUCACCAAGAGCAAGUUCGACAACUUGUACGGAUGCCGCCACUCACUCCCCGACGGGCUAAUGAGAGCCACCGACGUAAUGAUCGCCGGAAAGGUCGGCGUGGUCUGCGGUUACGGAGAUGUCGGCAAAGGCUGCGCCAUCUCACUCAAACAAGCCGGUGCCCGUGUAAUCGUCACCGAAAUCGACCCCAUCUGCGCCCUCCAAGCCCUAAUGGAAGGCUUCCAAGUCCUAACCCUAGAAGAUGUCCUCUCCGAAGCUGACAUCUUUGUCACCACCACUGGCAACAAAGACAUCAUCAUGGUUGACCAAAUGAAGAGGAUGAAGAACAACGCAAUCGUCUGCAAUAUCGGCCACUUCGACAAUGAAAUCGACAUGCAGGGGCUCGAGAACUACCCGGGUGUCAAGAGAAUCACGAUUAAGCCACAAACCGACAGGUGGGUAUUUCCGGAGACUAAAUCUGGAAUCAUUGUGUUGGCCGAGGGGCGUUUGAUGAACUUGGGGUGUGCAACUGGGCAUCCGAGUUUCGUGAUGUCAUGCUCGUUUACGAACCAGGUGAUUGCACAGCUGGAGCUUUGGAAUGAGAGGAAGAGCGGCAAGUACGGUAAAGAAGUUUACGUAUUGCCCAAGCAUCUUGAUGAGAAAGUUGCUGCACUUCAUCUCGGAAAGCUUGGAGCUAAGCUGACUAAGCUUACAAAGGAUCAGUCGGAUUAUAUCAGCAUUCCGGUUGAAGGUCCUUACAAGCCUCCUCAUUACAGGUACUGAGGAACGAAAAAAUGCAGUGACGGUUAUCGGAUUUGUCGUUGUCUUCUUUCUUCAAUUUAUUGAGCACUUUUACGUUCGGUUGAUGUUUUUGUUUUAGAGGGUUUUUUUCGGGUUUUUUCGGUUAUUAUUUUGGAAGUGGAUUUCGAUGACAAGAAUAAGUUCGAAGGUGUUCUGUUUUUUCUUGAGGGAUUAUUUAUUUUCUUUUUUCGAGGCUAUGAUGAAAGUGUUAUUUUGUGUUGGGUUACAGAUUUGUUGUUGUUUUUGGUAUCUACAUUCUAUAAAAGAAUAUUCCCAUUCA